UCCUCCUCCUCCUCCUCCUCCUCCCUCCUCGCUCCUUCCUCCUCCCGCCUCCCUCCUCCGGGCGCAGGUGGUGUGCUCAGGCACAGUGCGCCACCCGCCCAGGCUCGGCCAUGAUGAAGCGGGCGCGCACAUCGCGACGCCGUGUGUCGCAUCAGCCUCCCUCCCCACUCCCCUCCGUGAAGAGCAGCAGCCUCUUCCCACUCACCUGCCCGUGCCAUGCUGGCCACAGCGUCGGAGUGGGGAAGGUGCCAAUCUUGCCGGGCGGAGGGUCAGAGCCGAUGCCGCCAGCCCCCCUCUCGCUCUCGGCGAACGUCGGCUCGACGCCUUCUUGCGCCGUCGCGCUAACCUCCCCACCUCCCCCCUCCCUCUUUGGCCACUGCGGGAAGCGGUUGAGCUUGAUUGACAUGUUGUUCAGGCUGUCGCGUGUCGUGGCGAAGCCCGCUCCAGGCUCCUCAAACCGCCCAGCGUUUUUUUAGUUGUUUACCCUCAAUCGCCUGGUCGCCCCCCCCCUUUUUGGGGCACGCAGCAGCCGACCGACAUCCUCCCGCCCAGGAUGCGCGCCGUGGCGAACCGGUACGUGGACACGGACGAUGAGGAGCAGCAGGAGCCGCGGGUGGCCUCUCUGGGCCAGCCGCCUCGGUCAGAGCGCUCCUCGAGGGUCCGUGUAACUAGGCGGUGCUGCGCAGGCCCGCGGCACCUCGGCGCCGUGCUUCUCUCAGCCAGGCUCGCAGAGGCGCCGUUCCCACACCGCAGACUUCAUGCAGCAGGUACCCUUGGGCUCCUUGUCUGUUUUCUGUGUCAGCAUCGUUGCCCAGAUGCCGACCAGCAUCUUGUGCUUGCAUGAGCAGGUUGUUGCCAGAGAGGGGCGAGCGAGCCUUUCCGUUCCGCAGGGUCUCAUCCCAUGUCGCUCCAUGGACCUGAACAACGACCCACGCUUCUUCAAUGACAACGUUCUGGACAAGAGGCUGGCCGCCUUCACGGCCCUGUCCGUGGUGUCGUCCAUCAUGGUUGGCGCCGCUUGCGACAAUUUCAUACCCUUCGAGGAGGAUAAGCUCAGGUUCGACUCCAAUAUGGCUGUUUUCAGAAGCUGUGUGGCGCUCGUCGGCUUCUUCCUGAUGUGUGUAGUGUUCUUAUUGAACGUUGUGGCCACAAUGGUUUUCGGCGUGCAGUUUUACUACGUGUACCGGCUUAUGACAGCUGGCCAGGUUGGUUUCGAGAGCGCCAAGACAUGUCUUCUUUUCGAAUUGGCACAGGGAAGCCUCACACGAGUAUGCAACCUUGCCUUCAGAGGUAAUGUUUGUUGAAUUGUGUUCCGCCCUGGUGGCAUUGCAAGCUCAUGAUUGACCAGGGGAGUGCAACACUGGCACCGCACCUGCUCCUCUUCCUUGUGCUCCCGCGGGCCUCCCUCCUGCCGCGUGCUGUCCCGUCGAAGCGUGCGCUCCGGGCGCUUCUGCUUGGUGCCUCGAGCUCCCUGUACGCACACUCUCGGAGGGUGAUAGCGGGGGCACGUUCCGCGGCCGGUGCUCUGGCCUCACCGCUCAGGUCUGCGAUCUUUAUCCGGCUUCGGGCA